AUGGCAAAAGAUGGUUUGUGGAUGUGGAUUGUCCACGAUACAGUAAUUGAUGUAUAUAAUACAGAAAACAGUGAGUGGUUUGGUGGUCAUUGUUUUGGCAAAUCCUUAAAAAAUCCAGCGGCAUUAAUAACUACAGUGGUGGAGUUUAAUUCAUCUCAUGUUUCAUUCCCAUGUCUUCUUCUGGCAGUUGAUCAAGAUCAUGAAAGUUUAAUUUGUAUGUUUGAUGCAAGCACUUGUGAAGUUGUGAGAUCUGUUCUUGUACCUCUGAAGGUAACAUCAUUAGAAAUAGUUGAUGGCAAUGGUGGAGCGUGCAUAGAAACCCAUUUCUUAAACCCUGUUCUUCGAUGUAUGUUUGGAGUGAUUGCUAUUGGAUCUGUACAUGGACAAAUAUAUUUCCUUGAUCUGUGUCUUGAUGAAGAAUUUGUGUGUGAUGAGAAAUUGCCAAAUAUAACUUGCGUUCUCAAUAAAGAAGAAUUUUCUCCCCAGAAAAGAGAACAUGUUAUUUCCAAGAACCAGCAUAUUUUUAUUUGUUUGAAUGGUAAAGCAAUUAAAGAUGGUGGCUUUGAGUUUCAGGGCCGGGAUAGUUCUUUAUCUAAAUUUCCUAAUGAUUAUGUGUUUGUAACAGCUUUAAAGUAUAUUCGUAGCUCUGCUACCCUUGCAGUUGGCUUCAGCUUUGGUGGAAUCCAGUUAUGGGAUCUUCAUGACUUUUCACUGCAAUUCACUGUAACAAGCGGCUCUGAUGAGCAACCAACAAUUACCUUUGCUUUUCAAGAACCUGAAAAUGAUCCUAGAAACUUUUGCUACUUGUGGAUUAUCAGAGGUCCUUUAAAAGAAAAACAAAAGCCUCAAGAUGUGUCAGUUGCUACUUUAUACUCUUUGACCUAUUUCAAAAGAGAGUAUGUUGACUCAUUUGGUUUUCUUUACAUUGAGCUGCGUAGUUGUAACAAACGCUUUGAAUAUCCCAUGACGAAUGAUCCAUUUAUGCCUUUGCAACUAAAUCCAUCUUUCGGAACUCGUCUUCUGUCGUGUCAAACUAUAUCCCAAGCAGAUGUUCAUCAUGACACAGAUGCUGUGCCUGGAAGUGACAGUGAUUGCAGCAAUGAAAAUAUGAGUUUAUGCUACAUUUCGUGGGAAGUUUGGUCGCACUCCUAUGAUUACCCAACUGCAUAUCACAUGAUACUGUUUGAUUUGAAUCAAUGGUAUCAAGCUCAGAUGCCUUUUUGUUUGAAAUGUGAUCCUUCUGUAUUGAGCCCAUUUUUUGGCAUUUUUUCUUUGAGGGAAGUAAAACAAAAGCUCGAUGGUGAUGCACUAUUGAGUCUUCAUGUAAUUCCACAGAGCAUAAAAAAGUUCAAAUACACAACAGUUGCUGAAGAAUUCUUUUUCCCUUCUUCUUUAGACUUUCAAAUAAUCUCUUUUUCUGAAAUUGGUGUUUGUAAAGGAACAUAUCUCAGUUUUCAAAAAAAGCUUCUGCUAGAAAUGGCUGAGCAGAGUCCACAAGUUGUAAUAAGUCCGAAAGAAAUCUAUUCAUCUUUAAUCAUGAGUGGCUUGGUAACUGACAUUCAUGGAGGAGCUGAAAGAGUGCCUUUGAUUUCUCAAAGAGAAAUGCUGAUGCAAUUGGCCCUGGAGUACAACUUGCCUUUUUUCUUCAUGCAAUGUCUUAAAGAAUGGCGAUGUAGUGAUUCAAUUCACGAAGGCUGCACAUCAAAAGCAUUGUUAAAUUGGACAUGGAAAAAACUUAUGAACAUUAAAACUUCCAUCGACAAAAUGAGUGUGUCUUUGUUUAAUUGUUCUGGCUCAGAUGUAGAUAAGCUGUCUUUAAAAUACUUAUGUAGCUACAGAAGGCAGUUGGACCUUAUCGACACAAUUCUUAUAGGAUAUCAGAAGCAUGCCAUGCCUCAAACAGAAAUGAGGAUUCAAGACCUGCAGUGUAGAAGAGACGUUGUUUCUUCCAUAAGUAUUUAUUUACAAGUGAUGUUAUGGUUACGUUCUGUACACAUUCUGCCUGAAGUUUCUGAAGGUGAAGAAACAGACAAAAACAUAUUGUAUCCAGCAAAUAACUUAACAGAAUACUACUAUAAUCGAAGGAUAGCGCUUCAAAGAAUACAUUCCUCAAUUGGCCCUACAGAUAUACUGCUAAUUGAUGGUUUGAUAAAAGAGACCGUAGCUAAUAACACUUGGCAAGAGAAGGGAGGCAGUGAUACAUAUCCUCCUCCCAGUAUUUAUGCUGCUCUUAGUUGCUAUUUGUUGAAUGGAAUAUCACUGGAGAUGAAGCAUGCUCUCAUGUAUUACGUUUUACUGGACAUCUGCCACUGCCAGUCUAAUCGCUCAAAUCCUGUAAUGUCAGAGAUAAAAAAAUUCCCGUCCGUAUUUGGUUUGUCUCAAAGUGUAGUGAAACUGAUAAAAGCUUAUUGGAGUUUAGACCACAAAGAUUUUGCUUCUGCAAUUAAAAAAUUGCUUCAUCCUCUUGUGAAGACUUCUGAUAUUUUUCCGUGGCAGCAUGAUAGAGUCAUCAAAUCAUUUUUAUACCAACGUGAACCUCAAAAAGCAUUAAGAUACAUAAACUUCAUGGAACCUCCUGAAAAAACAGUAGAAGACAUGAAAUUACGUUUAUCAGUUUUAAUAUCACAUGGAGCUAUUGACCAAGCCUUGGAGUAUCAAAGAAGUCGCCAAUGUGAUGAUUCUUCUUUUGAGUUGUUGAAUCAUUUAUUCUUAGGCUGCAAAGAAACUCGAAGGUUAAAAGAUCUUAUGUAUUUACCACUAAAUUUACUUGAAUCUUCAUCUCUUACCAAGUUUCUUUCUGAAAAUGAAGAUCCUUGUGCUCAAGAAGCUUUAGUUAUGUUUCAUUUACUUCGAUGCAACUUCUUUGAUGCUGUUGAGAUCAAUGAAAAAUUAUCAUUAAAAGUAAAGAAUAAAUCAAUUCCAAGCUCUAAUACAGCCCAAAGGACAGUGGACAGAAAUGCUCUAGUUGAGCGAAUGAUGAGUGCUGUACCUGAAGCUGAAAAAAAUCUUAUUGAGGAAAUAAAAAAUAUCCCAGCUUCUGUAACUCGUAUAGAAGAAUCAAUGCAGCCUUUCUCAAUCAAUGUGAAAUGCUGUUCUUUUAAUGAAAUAGCCUACUCAGAUUUUCUCCAGUCUUUAAUGCUGAAAGCAUCUGCAGCAGAGACUCAGUCUUCCAUGGAGCCUCAAACUCCACUUCGAUCAAGGAAUAAGAUCACCUUUGAUGAAAUUCCAUUAAUUCGGCAGCCAGUUACACCUCAAAUCAUGAAGUUGUCUCCAGAAGUGGAAUCUAGCUUCAAUUUGCCUAAACGAACUCUGUCAUCACCUAACUUAAAUGAAUUCUCUUCACCUUCAAAAAAGUCGAGGCUUUUGGAUAAUGUCUCAUUUAAAUCUACUCCGGCUCUUGCAAGGAAAAUUCCAAAGCAUUUAGCUGGUGAUGUUGCUUCAUUAUUGCAAAGUCCGCCAAUCCAUAGAAGAAAUUCAAAAUCCUUCAAUGAUUCAAUGAAGCUAUCGACACCCAAAGCUGCACCUCAAUCUAUACUUAAAAAGACUAUGCCUGCAUCUUUUAUACCCCAACCAGAUUUUUUCACUGCUGAAACUCCAUCCUUAUCAGGAACGGAAGAUGAAAAAUCUGAAGAGGAAGAGGUGCCAGCAAUGGAAAUAAAUGAUGAUGAUGCUGAUGAAAUUCCUUCAAGGCAGAUCAGGUUUUCAGUACCAAAUCCUAGUUCUCCGGCUCCAAAUACCUCAUUAGAUUCAAGCUCUUUUUUUAAAAGCCCAGAAAAUUAUCCAUUGAGUGCCUCAGUGACGCAACCGAAAUUGGAAGAAACGGAUGCUGCUGAACCUAUCAAAUUAAUCCUACCUGAACAAAAGGACAUUUUUGGAAACGUGUCAACUACAAAACUUACUAGAGAGCCUUUAAAGUCUUACGUUGAAGAUGGUUCUAGGUCUUCCAGAAUUCAAUUUGACACAUGUACUACAGAACUAAAUAUUUCUAAUGAUCUUCAAAGUAACAAAUCUGACAUUCAUAAACCUGAAAAGAGUUUUUCUGAGUUGCACAAAUCAGCAAAUGAAGAAAAUUUAUUAGCUAAAGAAUCCAGGAUUUCAUCUCUUCAAACCUUCAUGGAAGCUCAUUCAACCCCAAUACCAGUUAAGGUUGCAGAUCCUGAGUAUUUUGAAUGUGAUGUUUCAAAACUUUCUCCUAGUGCGGCUAAAGAUCCAAGUUCAUUCUCAGGAAGCAGCUCUUAUGGGUCUGCACUCGAGAGCUCCCCAAGUAUCAGUCCUAGAAGACCCAUACAUUUCAAUAAACAAAAUGAAGAUUUAGAACUACCUCCUACACAUGAGCAUCAUGAAGCAUAUAUAAGUUGUUCAUUUCAAAGCUUUUCUGAUAAAGACCUAAUUGCAGCAGAUCCUGAUGUAAAAGAUACUGUUGGAAAAAGUCAAAUUAUAACUACAGAUGAAAUUCUAAAUGCUCCCACCGAAAAACCAAUAGUGGAUUCUACAUUAAAAGAAACAUCAGUUGCUCCACCACUAAAAGAGCCUUCUCAUCAGAGUGUUGUUGAUUUUGUAGAUAUUGCAGAAGAUGAAUCAGCUGUUGCUCCACCACUAAAAGAGCCAUCUCAAAAAAGUGUUGAUUUUGUGGAUAUUGCAGAAGAUGAUAUUGCUGAUGCUCCAAUGGAAGAUCUCAGCAACCCAAGUACUAUUAAAAUUGAUAGCGGUUUCACAAUUCCUCCCGCAGAUGAAUGUUCUAACCAGGUAACGAUCAAAGCAGCUGAUGAUGCAAAAUUUCUCGAUGAGCAUUCACUCCCUUCUCCUGGUACAAAUAUUGGUAGUUCUAGAGGUACUGUUCAGAAAAGUUAUCCCAGAGUUAGUUUCAUUCCCCCUAAACCCAAAGAUCUUCAUACAAAAACUCAGCUGUUACUGCAAGAGCUGGAUCAGUUAUGUAAUCGAAAGUCAAGCAGUGACUUUGAUAUUAAAAUAAAAAGGCCUCAGCGAAGUAAAUAUGUGUUCACUUCAAGACUGUCCUCUAAAUGUACUAGUACUGACGUCCAGGAGCUUUCUGGUGAUCCUGGUAUUGGUGAAUUACCAUCUGGACAUUCAACUGCUGGAAAGGCAUGCUCUCUCUCUAUUUGUGAAGAAACUUAUGAAGAAUUUUCUCAUGCUCUUCAAAAAGACACUACUGAAGACUUUGGAGAACGUAAAUGCUUAAUGGAACAUGAAAGUAGUCCAAAAGUAGUAGGAAUGUUUGAGAGUUCCCCACUUGGAAGAGCAGACCAUAAAACUUUUGCCUUUUCUAAUCCUGUCUCUAGCGAAUAUUGUGCACCUAUAGAUGGAACUGUGACUGAUAAUAAAGUAAUAUCCUUCCAAUUCUCUGAACCAAAUAUGGAAAGUACUGUUAUCAAAACGCCCCUAGGUGAGCAAAAUGAUCGAAAUAUUAUUGAAAAGGCAGAAGAUGUAUGUGAUAAAUCAGGCAAAAUGUCUAUAGAGAUCAAUAAGGAUCAAACUAUUGUUCAACAAGGCAUUGAUUUGACUCCUGUAUCAGAAUCAUCUCACCAAAAAAGUAAAAAAGUUACUUCUAAGGUAUCAAAAGGGAGAAAAGGUAAACGUACUCAAAAAAUAGAGUUUUCUUUUUCUGAGCCUCAUUCUCCUGCUGAUUCAAAAAUACUUGAAGCAUUAGCUUCACCUCCUGAACAUCCAGUGCCUACUUUCAUGUUCUCCCCUCCUCUGACAAGAGGAAGACUGAGGCAGAAAACGUUAGAUGGAACACUAAAUAGCUCACUUGCAUCGAUUACAUCGGAGACAUCAUUCUCCAGUGCAAAGAAACCACCCAUAGACCCUCUGCUUGAAUCAAUAAUGAGGGAGAAAUCAUCCAUGUCUGCUCAGCCUGAAAAUGCAUCGUUCAGAAAGCCUAAGGCUUCAGCAAAGAAAGCAACUGUGAGAAAAUCAAGGGUUCUACAAAAGAAACAGAUAAAUACAGCAGUGCCAAGCACAUCAUCGUCAUUACUAGAGCCUGUAAAGGAGUCUUCUACUUUGGAAACCCCGAAAAAUACGUCUCCAAGACACUCUUACUCUACGCGACAUUCAAUGGUGCUAAGACAGUCAACAUCAGGACACAAAGAUCGCAAACUCUUCUAAACAUUUUUAUGUAAAUUUGAUUUUUUAAAACAGAAUAUAAGACUGUUUAGUAGCUUUAAAGCAUUUCUUUAGUUAAAUGAUCAUUUUAACUUUUGAAAUAUAUAUAUUUACAUAUUGAUGUUAAUCAUUGCAUUUGUACAUUGAUUUUGAAAUGAAUUAUUAAUAAUG